UUAGGGGAAAUAACAAACGUCGCUUAGCGCCACGUGUUGAGAAAAUAGAGGAGAGAGGAGAGGUGAAGACGAGUUCGAUGUUUCGAUGCUUCGGUUCUUUCUCUCUCUGUCUCGAAACCGGUCGAGAGAAGGCGAAUCGCUCUGCGGCUCUCUCUCUCUGUGGAUCCUCGACGCGACGACGAGCUGUCGACGAGAAGAACUGUGAUUCUCUCCCUCUCCGUGGCUCUCCUCGACGGCGACGAGAAGCCGCUCUUUCCCAUGCGGCUCUCUCUCUCUCCGUGGCUCCGACGAGACGGCAAGCAACCGCGUUCUCUCAGUGGCGAGCUGUCGACGACAAGAACGCUGAUUCUCUCCCGCUCUGUGGGUCUCCUCGACGGCGACAGACCGCUAUCUCUCCUCGAAUCUAAACGGCAAAGGUAUUGUUGUGUUCUUUUAUAUUAUGCAUGUCUUAGAUUAUGCUUAAUCUGGUUCUGAUCGCAAGUUUUGUGUGUUUGUCGGCUCGAUUAUGUCUCUCCGUGGCUCUGGUCGACGGCGGCAGAGGUCUCACUCGGUGGCUCUCCUCGUAUGGUUCAGGUAAAGCUUCCGUUGUUUCCUCUUUGAUUGUUGUUUUGGAUUUUAGGUAGAGAUCAAAUAUUUUGUCUGGUUUUGUUUUUGAUUCUCGUAUGUUCUUUCGAUUUGUUGACCAAUUGUGAUUUGUUUGAUGGAAGUUUAUCAAUUUUCACUUGGUUUGCUUUCUGUUGAUUCGAUUUAAUUGUUUCUAUCUUUGCGUGGUGAGAGGGAGGGAUCAAAUGGCUAUUGAUAUGUUCUGUGGAAAGAGACAUGAAGAAGAUUCAUCAAACAAAGGUCUUCAAUUGCUUCUCAGGCGUGGAGCAUUGGCGUCGCUUGUUUCUUUCAGGCGUGUAGCGUUGGCGUGUAGCAUUGGCGUCACUUGUUUGUUGUUGUGUUGUUGUUUUGACACAAGAGUGUCACGGGUCAAGAAGAGUGUCGGGUCAUUGAGUCAUGUUCUUGUUGUUUAGUGUAUCACGGGUUGUACUUGUGUUUUGUGUAUUAUUUUCUUGUUGUGUUGUAUCAGGGACUGUUUGUUGUUGUGUUGUAUCACGGACAUGGCUAAUGUUUUAUAUAUAGUUUGCUUGCUUUGCCAUCGUUUGCAACAUCUCAUUCUUAUUAUCUCCUUCUUUAUUCUUUAUUAUCUCUUACUCCAACAUCUUAUUAUUAUCUCCUUCACGUUCUCAUCAAACAUAAAGUCAUAGCCAAACACAAAGUCACCACCAUCCUCAAAUCUCAUUCUCAAAAACAAUUCCAUCUUUGAUCUCAAAUUACUCGCCAAAUCACAAAAUAAUUACCCGGCUUCUUAUCAACCCAAGAUCAAAGCCAUUUACCCUCUUCUUACCAAACCAAGAUUACUUAUUCAAAAAAAAAAAAAAUCUCUUUUCAAUCACAAAUAUGGCAUCUUCUUCUCAAAACCCUUUUGAAGAAUCACUUGAUGAUACAUUUGAUGAAUAUUUUGAUCAAUAUUUUGAUCAAUGUUUUGAUCAAACCUUUGAGAAUUUAGCCAUUGGUCAUCAAGAAGAAGCAAGGAAACAAAGAAAAAAACGAGCUACUUUUAUCCAAUCUGUUUUUGAUCGCUCACCUGUUUUUGAUGACAUAAUAAAAGGUCAAGCUCCUCAAGUCACUUUCUAUGUCAAUGGAAGAGAGUAUCAUAUGACUUACUAUCUCACCGAUGGUAUUUAUCCGAAAUGGGCUACUUUUAUCCAAUCUAUUCCACUACCACAAGGGCCGAAAGCAGUUUUAUUUGCCCAACGUCAAGAAGCUGUCCGAAAAGAUGUCGAGCGUGCUUUUGGAGUCUUGCAAGCUCGCUUUGCCAUUGUUAAAAAUCCGGCGUUGUUUUGGGAUAAAGUCAAAAUUGGGAAGAUUAUGAGAGCAUGUAUCAUACUCCAUAAUAUGAUAGUAGAAGACGAACGAGAUGGAUACACCCAAUUUGAUGUUUCAGACUUCCAACAAGCAGAAGACAACGGAAGUUCACAUGUCGAUCUCACGUAUUCUACAGAUAUCCCUACAAAUAUCGCAAAUAUGAUGGGUGUUCGAACAAGAAUUCGUGAUAGACAAAUGCAUCAACAGCUGAAAGAUGAUUUGGUUGAACAUAUUUGGCGAAAAUUUGGACGUGAUGAAGACAACAACUAAUCUCCCAUGCUUCUCUCAAAUAAUUCUCGUGUUUUUAUUUAAAAGUCUUUGUUUAAAAUGUUAUCUUUUAUUAUGUUUUAUGUAAUUUAAAAUUUUAAUAAAAAUGUUUAAUAUUA